AUGCAAAAACGCAAGUCACGAUUGAAGCCAAAACCUGAACUCACUUCAAAUCCUGAAGGAGCUGCACUGACAGGAAACACAGUGACUCUGACCUGUCACAUGGAUCAGUCGACUGGAUGGCAGUUUUACUGGUACCAACACACACAGAAACAUCAGAAAAACACAACAGACAAAAACUCCUACACAGUGAACAUUGAUUCAGUGUCUGAUGGAGGUCAGUACUGGUGUAGAGCUGGAAGAGGGAAUCCAGUUUACUACACAAACUACAGUGAUGCACUGUGGGUAAAUGUUACAGAUGAUCCUAAAGCUGUUGUGACAGUAAAGCCUGAAGAAAAUCUGUUCAGAGAAGAAACUGUCACUCUCAGAUGUGACAUACAGGGUGGAGGAGACACUGAGUGGACAUACAGCUGGACUGUAGAGAAUACCAACUACAGGAAUAAAUACAUUGUCAGUGAAUACAAGAAACAAGAGUAUAAAAUCAGCAGUGUUGAACACACACACAGUGGUAAAUACACCUGUAGAGGAAAGACAAGAGACGGACAAAACUCAGAGAUCAGUGAUGCUGUUACACUGACUGUGUCAGAUGAAACAAAGGCAGUGUUAAGUGUUUCUCCACAGAAGUGGCUGACAGAAGGAGACUCAGUGACUCUGAUCUGUGAGGUUUACGGCUCCUCUACAGGAUGGACUUUCAGCUGGUACAGAGAUGAUAAUGACAGGAAAUAUAAACUCCUGUCAGACAGGAAACUACACUCUCAGUUCUGCUGCUGUAAAUCACACAAGUGCAGAGGAGAGAGAGGAGAACAAGUGUAUUACACAGAGGACAGCAACACACAGCCACUGUGUUUCUCAGGUGUCACUUCUUCAGUCUUUCUGAUCAUCAGUCCCAACAGAACUCAACAUUUCACAUCUGACUCUCUCUCUCUGAGCUGUGAGGAUCAGAGUAACUCUACUGGAUGGACAGUGAGAAGAUACACAGACAGUGAAGAGAUGGAGGAUUGUUCAUCAAUACACUGGGGAUCACAAACAGGAUCUACAUGUAGAAUCAGUCCCGUCUACACAGAUGACACUAGAGAGUACUGGUGUCACUCUGAAUCUGGAGAGAACAGUGAUCCUGUUAAUAUCACAAUACACAAUCCAACUAUUGUUCUCAUUCAGAGUGAAAGAGAAGUGCUUGUUCAUCAUGACCACUAA